AUGGCUGAUAAUAAUGAAGAAACAACAGAAGUACAUGCCUACAAACCUGAUGAACAUGGUAAUACCGUUGUUAUUGAAGGCGAAAAGAAUUGGACAAAUGAUGAUGCCACUGAAAGUCAUCAUCAAAAAGAACAAAUAAUUAUUGAUAAUGUAGAGGAUCCUCUUUCAUCUGUAACUCAUCGUCUUGAGGAUGUUCAUGUCACAGUUGAAAAUGAGGCAACAACACCUAUUGUAGAAGAAACUCACACAGCACCUGUGGAACAUAAAAAAAAGAAAAAACAUAGCAAAGGUAAAAUUCAUGAAGAAGUUGCUACAACUAAUGAUAAAUUACAUGAAACAAGUGAAAAAACGGAGAAAAUCGCUGAUCAUGCUCAUGAUAAAGCUCAUGAAAUAAAAGAAGAUACAGUUGCUGCUGCACAUGUAGCAGAAGAAAAGGCUGAAGAUACAGCUCAUAAAAUUCAAGAUAAGGCUGCUGAAGUGAAACAUGAUGUCGAAGAAAAAGCAUCCGAUUUAACACAUAGUGCCGAAGAAAAAGCUGCUGAAUUAAAACAUGACGCUACUGUUGCUGCUCAUGACGCUCAAGAGAAAACAAAAGAAAUCGCACAUAAUAUGCAAGAUAAAGCUACUGAAUUAAAACAUGAUGCUACUGUUGCUGCUCAUAAUGCUGAAGAAAAAGCAUCGGAAUUAGCACAUAAUAUGCAAGAUAAAGCUACUGAAUUAAAACAUGAUGCUACUGUUGCUGCUCAUGAUGCUCAAGAGAAAACAAAAGAAAUCGCACAUAAUAUUCAAGAAAAAACUAACGAAAUUGCUGCUAAUACAAAAGAUGCUAUUAUAAAAGGUGAAAAAAUAGCUGAAGAAAAAUUAACUGCUGCUAAAGAGACAAUUAAAGAAAAAACCAAUGAAGUCGUUGAAAAUGUUCAACACAUGGCACAUGAUGCAAGUGUUAAAGCACAAGAAAUAGAAAAAUCAGCUGAACAUAAAUUAGCAGAAGCUGAAAAAAUUGGUGAACAAAAAAUUGAAGAAAUAAAAGCAUGGUCUAGUGAAAAAGGAUCUCAAGCUCUAGCUGAAGCUAGUGAAAUACUUGAUGCUACACAAUCAGCAAUUGCUACUGGUGCAGCAGUUGUAACUGAAAAGGUUAAAGAAGGAAUAGAAGCCGCAUCUGAAGCUGCAUCUAAUCUCAAAACAACUGCAGGACAAUUAGCCGCUGAUGCUUCAGAAAAAGCUAGUGCCGCUGCUGAUGUUGUUGCUACCAAAGUAGUUGAAGCAAAAGAUGCAACAGUCUCAGCUGCACAAACUGCUUCAGCAACAGUACAAGAAACGACAGGCAAUCUCGUCGAGAGCACCAAAUCAGUGUUAACGACAUCAACCGCUUCACAUUCUGCACCUCGAGUUGAAGUUGUUGACAAAAAAUCUACUACAACUUCUACUCUGAAUACAGACAAUGUAUCUCAAGAGGUUUAUGUAACUAAAACAUCGGCAGAAACUGCUUAUGGUCCAACUCCAGUUACUGCCGAGCAAACAUCACCAAAUGCACCUGCAGCAAAAUCACCUACUGGUCCAAUUACGUCGAUUCGUAACUUUUUCAGCAGAAUAUUUUCGUCGAAUAAUUCACGUCAAGCACAAAAUGCUGAACGACAAAAAUCCAUUACUACAGAAACGAUAGCUGCUCAACCAACUGAAACAAUAACAGCAACAACAACAACAACAACUGUUGUUGCAUCAAAUAAUCCAUCAACAGCAUCUUAA